UGAGAAUCUAGAAAGGGAGAGAAAAGUGAUGAGGAUUUGAUGACGGUAAACCCGCCCUACCCAAGGAAUUCAUUUAUUUACCAAGUACAUAUUGAGUGACUGCUUUGUGAGUCAGGCAAGGCACAUGUAAUCCCUGUUUACAGCUAGUAUGCAAGAGAUCCUAUCUGGUGGCCAUGGGUGUUCUGAUCUCAGUCACAGUGACUGUUCUAUGGUGAAUCAGGGACCUCUGUUCCAUCACAGUCUGGAAAUGUACUCCACCCAAGAGCCCCCACCCUUUGCCUUUGUUUUAUACACACCGAACAGCAUCCCAGGUAGUUCACUCCUGAGAAGGGCAUGAUGUGUAUGGUGUUGGAAAGCUGUCUCCUGUUGGAAAUGAACUAUUUGGUUUCCUGGCCUCUUGUGAAUUUGGCUGAUGGGAAACAGUAUCAUCUGAGUUGGAUCACCCCAUACUAGCACGGCCCGGCCAGAAGAUGACAUUAUGACACCAGGUGUGGAAGAUGGCAUGGUGACCCUAGGUGCAGAAGACAAUGUGGUGACCACAGGUGCCGGUGCAGACCCUGAGGAGUCUACUGGCCCGACAGGUCUGGUGCCAACAAAUACAGAGAGUAUAACAGACUUUCACAUAGAGGAUGGGCCGACUCAAGAAAGUACAGGCCAUGCCAAUGAAGAAAGCCAGAGCACCACAACCUUGAAUGUGGUGACCAGUCACUCCAUAGAGAAAAUAGGUGAAGACACAGAGACAACAGUUGAGAAAGAUGGCCUGGCGACAGUGACCCUGGUUGGAAUCAUAGUUGGAGUCUUACUAGCCAUUGGAUUCAUUGGUGGGAUCAUCAUUUUGGUUGCUCGAAAAAUGUCAGGAAGGUACUCGCCCUAAAGAGCUGAAAAAUUGUGCCCUUCUGCCAACAUGUUUAGAAGAGAGUUUCCGACUUCCCCAUCCUGGGGCACGUGGAAGAAGAUGACCCAUGGAAAUGCUUGGCGACCCCACUCCAAAUCCAUGGUGAUCCCUCCGCUUACCCAAAGUAACUCAAGGAAAGACAAUGCAAACGACUUGCUCCUCUAGGCAUUUGCCUUUUGAAAAAUUUUUUAAAUAUAAAUUUCAUACCAGAUGAUUUAAAAGACAGAGUGCAUAAAAAAUGGAGCAAAACGGUGUAAACUGAUUUGUAACUAAGAUGAUAUAGUUUAAUCGAUGUUAGAAACUGUAAUCAGGUCUUCAUUCCGACCAUGCUCUGUUAUUGUUAAAAGGCAAACAAGUCUGGAAAUAUUCAUACCAAUGGAGCCCUUGGGUUCAAGUGCUACAUUCGUAAAUGGCGAAAGCGUUUUGCAAUUUCUGAUCAGUUGAAACACACACAUUCCAAGGUAGUCUGGCCCGUUUUCAAAUUUCAUGUGAAUCAUCAAGUAGAAAUCUAACCUAGUAUAACAUGAAAUGAGCGACUGCCUUUCACUGGCCCGGGUAAGUCAUUUCAAAGACACCCAUUUUAGAUUAUAAACAGGAAGUCUAUGGUUUGGAGAAGGGACUGUGUUUCUCACAAUAAGGUCAUCAGGCAGGCUCUAGGCUUGCUUAUUGCCUUCUCCAGUGAUGACUUGGUGACUCAAAGGUUUGCUCCUACCUGCUGCUUCCUCUUCCCUCGGAUGAGGGCCCAGGAGCCGAGGACUCUUGGGGCAGUCUUUUUUCUUUCCAUGACAUAAGUCCUCCGGUUUGGGAAUAGGGAAGUCCGAGCCCUGGAUGCCAAGGAGGCUGCUGGAGGCCCGAUGGUGCCUGAGGCUCAAGUGUUCCAGAAACCAAGAAGCAGAGGGAAACCCUGUGCGUUCCUCUGGCCUGAGAAACAGAACCUGCCAAUUUUCUAACCUUUACUUCCUGCCUCAGAGAACUGAUGUGGACACGAGAAGAAUCCUGUACGAUAGUAAUUUUAAGGAAGCAGGUGGAUGUAAGGGCUUGAUGUAAAAAUAAGUGAGAUUCCCAGUCUUCACGACACAUACCACACCCUUCCGUGGGGUCAUCGUUGAAAAGAUCAUUAAAGUAAAGGAACCCAAGCUGCCAUCUGGUGUAGGCACCAUCCAGCUCAGUCCAUUUCUUCCCGUAGGUCAGGUGACCUCUUUUUCCCAAACGCAGAGUUUUUAUACUGACCAGAUGGUCUGUCACGAUUGUGGUUGUGUAAGGCUGAUAGCCUCUCAACUUGUACGAAAAAGUAAACUAAAAAAGCACAGCCCAUUUCCCUCUUUCUUGCAGUAACGUGGGGAUGUUAUAUUAAACAGCUUGCUCUUCUGUUACCAAGUCCGGCUGGUCCACCAACCCAGGGUCUAUAUUUGAACAUCCGCUAAUUCAGAGAAGAGGCUUUUGAAGAGCUUUGUGAGCUUAAGGAUCCCUCUCUUUCUUUCGCUCAGAUUCCUGAACAGGAAUUGAGGACAAAGUCCGUUUUGUCUUUCCUGCCCUUUUCUUUUUUUCUGUCACUGUGAACCAUAACCGUCCGCCCCAAGUCACACACUGGACCCGCCGCCUGCUGGGACAGGACUGUGGGUUUCUUGGUCACAUCUGUGUUGGUGCUCAACGCAGUAUAGACAUGUUUUAAAAUAAAACAGAUGAUUGCGUGUAA